UUUUCGGCCACGAAUGUAUUGCUCAAACCAUGCAGAACAUAUACAAUCACCUUCCAAAAGAGAGGUACGUCGGGUUUUACGGAUUCCAUCGACCACUGCUGCUUAUUCGUGACCCUGAACUCAUUCGCCACGUCCAUAUCAAGGAUUUCGGGACGUUCCACGACAGGGGACUGUUCAUCGACGAUGAAGAACCUCUCAACAAACAUCUCUUUUUCCUGGCAGGAAAGAAGUGGCGCCAGCUGAGAAUCAAAUUGAGCCCUACGUUCACAUCCGGCAAACUGAAGGGCAUGUUUAAGCAAUCAACUACAGCAUCGCCAUACACAGCGCACAAACGUCUUUGGAUGUUCGCCACGGUUUCUUUUUCUGCACACAAGAAUUCAAUAACAGCACGCUGCUUGUCACAGUUGUCGGUGGAAGACAUGGCAGCGCAGGCGUUCGUCUUCUUCGCUGCAGGCUUCGAGACUUCUUCAACAGCGACGAGCUUCACGCUUCACGAAUUGGCGCUCAACCCUGACAUACAGAGCAAGCUGCACGAUGAAAUUGACGCCGUGCUCGAGGAAAACGGCGAGUCUCUCAGGAAACACCCACCAGCAGCAGUACUGAACAGAGAGUGCAACCAAGACUACAAGAUUCCAGACAGCGACAUCGUUCUGGAGAAGAGAACUCCAGUAGUGCUGUCUGUGCUGGGCCUCCACCACGACCCCACGCAUUUCCCUCACACCGACCGCUUCGACCCUGAGAGGUUCUCCGAAGAGGCCAAAGCUAAGCGCCACCCCUAUGUGUACCUGCCUUUCGGGGAGGGACCACGCAUUUGCAUAGGUAUGCGGAUGGGCCUGUUGCAAACCAAAGUGGGCCUCACAAACAUCCUCUCUAAGUAUAGCGUGCGAACCACGCAGAAGACAGUAGCAAACCUGGUUUACCAUCCACGGUCUCCAGUCCUCAUGGCUAAAAGUGGAAUCCAUCUUCAGUUUGUAAGGCGUUUCUAG